CGAUCUGCCUGUUGCGAAAACCUAAAUCGACCUCGACCAUUCCUCGUGUUUCCAAACGCCAACCUCAAUUGAAACGGAGGAUUUUCUACCUUCGUCCUCGAUGUCUCUUCUUCUCUCAGCACAUUCUUCCUCCGUGGCAGCACCAUGAAUCCUCAACAGAUGCCGGCUGCCGCAGCGAGCAGCUCCGCUGCAACAGCCCCCAAGAGAACGAGACGCCCACGCGCUAUCCAGGCUUGUAACUUUUGUCGAUCCAAAAAGUACAAAUGUGAUGGCGCAUGGCCGUGUGCGCCAUGCCAGAGUAAAUCUCGCAUGCUGAACUGACAUCCACAAUCACCACUGACCACCCAUCUCAGAGCAUCGCGAAGAAUGUGUCUUCAGAGGUCAAAACCCUGCAGCAGGGGGCCCAGUUUACUCCGCAACUUAUGUACAUGACCUGGAAAGACGAUUACGCCAGGCUGAGAGUGCUC